AUGGGGGGUUGUUCUAGUGCUCAGGGAGAGAUUGGGGGGUUGUUCAGAGUCGCUCAGGGAGACGAUGGGGGAGGUUGUUCCGUCGCUCAGGGAGAGAUGGGGGGUUGUCUAGUCUCGCUCAAGGAGAGAUGGGGGGUUGUUAUAGUCGCUCAGGAGAGAUGGGGGGAUGUUCUAGUCGCUCAAGGAGAGAUGUGGGGUUGUUCUAGUCGCUCAUGGGAGAGAUGGGGGGGUUGUUCUAAUCGCUUCAGGAGGCAGCUGUACAGAGACAGGAGCGACGUGAUGGCCUGUACAGAGGAAAGGAGCGACGUGACGGGCUGUACAGAGACAGGAGCGACUGUGACGGGCCUGUACAGCGACAGGAGCGACCAUGAUGGGCCUGGUUACAGAGACAAUACAGAGAGGAGAGAGGAGCAGAGAGGAGCAGAGAGGAGCAGAGAGGAGAGCAGAGAGCAGAGAGAGCAGAGAGAGGAGCAGAGAGAGGAGCAGAGAGGAGCAGAGAGGAGCAGAGAGGAGCAGAGGAGCAGAGAGGAGCAGAGAGAGGAGCAGAGAGAGGAGCAGAGAGAGGAGCAGAGAGAGGAGCAGAGAGAGGAGCAGAGAGGAGGAGCAGAGAGGAGCAGAGAGGAGGAGCAGAGAGGAGAGAGACAGGAGCAGAGAGAAAAGAGGAGAGGUGGAGAAGAGAGAGCAAAGAGGAGAGAGAGGAGAGAGAGGAGCAGAGAGGAGCAGAGGGAGGAGAGAGAGGAGCAGAGAGAGGAGAGAGAGGAGCAGAGAGAGGAGCAGAGAGGAGCAGAGAGAGGAGAGAGAGGAGCAGAGAGAGGAGAGAGAGGAGCAGAGAGAGGAGCAGAGAGAGGAGCCGGUCCAGAGUUUUAUGAGCUGAACCUCGUCUAA